GUGUGUGGCUCUCCGUCUGCACAGUGGAAACAGGAAUAGGUCUGAACAUGAGGUCCGUACUGCUGUUGGUGUGUUUGCUGGGGGUUAGCCUUGCAGCCAGCAUGGAGAGGAAGCCCCGACACUGCAAAAGCCCACCUCUGCUGACUGGAGCUUUCACUUUUUCCACGCAGAACGAGAAGGCCUGGUUCUACGCUGGAUACGAGUAUGACGCGUGGCAAGAGAGAAUCCGCAUCUACGAGACCGGAGUGUACAACAAUAAGUCCUUCACCUACGACGUUCUCUUGCUCUACAAAGAGGGAGUGAUGUACCAGAUCGACUCCAAGGCCAGGACAUGCACCAAACAGUCUCUGCAGGUAGACUUCAUGCCCAUGGGCGUGCCCCCUAACGCCACCCUGGUGGGGCAGUUCGUGGUCGGGACUUCCUCUGGACCUGGAGAGGGGCUGCUGGUCGACACUUGGCAGGGGAUCGCACCAGAUGGAGCUAAGUACAUGGUGACGGUGACUGAGUUUGGAUGCGCUCCUGUCAGCACUUUGUACCACACCAAACAGUUCGGCUGGGUAAUCGUUAGCUACAUCAACAAUAUUAAAGGAAUUCUCGACCCCAGCGCUCUGAACCCUCCUCCAUUCUGCCCUGAUCUGAACGCCAAGCCAGUGGGGAUGCCUGUGGAUUUCUUCAGCAUCGUCAAUAACCUGAAGAAAACUGCAGUUUAAUAGAAGUGUCCAUGUUUGUUUUGUAAUACAUUUGAAGGGCAUUUUUACCUUCCCUGACUGUUGGAUGUGUAAUAAUAAAGAAAAUGGAUUCAGAAUUCCUAGAUCAACUUCAACUGCGAAGGUGGUAGCUAGUUACUCAUGCAGAACGUCAUGUAGAAUGGGAAACAUAUUAUUCCAAACUGGCCAAUAACAUUAGAUAAAUGUUCUACACUGACCAAUAGACUUCUUUGUCAAUGAUUAUUCUAUGAUAUAUUUUUGGAUUCAUAAAUUUAAUUUGGACUAUGAAAUGUUUGUAAAUGUGUUUUGCCUGUCAAACGUAAUUGAACAUUUUAUAUUUCCCAUAAUAAAAAUUUAGGCUUAUA